GCCCCAGCUCCUCUCAGAGCCCACAGCACCAUGAAGGUCCUGGCAGCCACCCUGGCCUCUCUGCUCCUCCUGGCCACCUGCUCCCCAGCUGAAGGUCACCUUGAUGGUGUCCCCACCAAGUGCUGCUUCACCUACCAGAAGAACCCCAUCCCUCAGCGCCUCGUCAGAUCCGUGUUCGACACCAGCAGCUCCUGCAGCAAGCCAGGAGUGAUUAUGAUCACCCUGAAGAAGAGAGAGCUGUGUGCAGAUCCGCAGGAAAAAUGGGUGCAGGAGCUCCAGAAGCACUUCCAGAGCCUGGGAAACUGAGCCUUCCCUGCUGACAGCCACAAUCCCACCCCUGCACAGCUUCCAGACUCCGGCACAACAGAGAGGAUUUGACCCCCAGCCUUCUUCAAAGGAGAAAAUUAUUUUAUUUAACUUAUUUAAGUUAAACUAAAUAUUGUUUUUCUAAGCGUUAUUUUUAAAUAAUUUCUAGAAACUAUUUAAACUAUGUCAGAAUAAUACACUAAAAUAAAGAUAAUUUCAAUCAUA